AUGACCGUUACAUCGAUUACCAGUAUAUCACAAUCAGCCACUUUGGUAUCGACCUCAUCAGAUAUGUCAACUACAACAUCAAUGACAACUUCAUCGUCUAUCACUUCCUCAGAUUCAGCCUCAGUGACCGCGUCCCCAUCACCUUCAAGUGAUACAAACGGCUUAUCGAUUGAGACGUCAAAACAACCAUCUUCCAUCAGAUACCUAGUUCCAGUCUUCUUAUUGAUCUUUAUCACCAUGGCAGGUUUCGCUUAUCAGAAGUAUCGUAAGCGUAAAAAGAGAAGAAGUAGGAAUUCAAUGGCAGGGAAAGAUUUCGAAAAGAUGAUGAAGAACAACAAUGAUCCAUUCAUGUCCGACAAGGAUAACAGAGGUUGGAAGGAAAUACCUACAUAUGAGAAUGAUGAUAUAUGGGAUGAUACUGGAAUAGAUAACCAACCUCAACUUCAUUGGCAAGAUGGAUUGAACCCCUCCAACACCUCAAAUGGAUUGAUUAGAUCGGGUGGGUUGAUCAGUGCAGGUCAAAAAGGUUGGGGCUGGAAAGAGUCGUGGAAUGAUUUUAAAUCUGCUCGAGGUAAACAGUACCAUGAACAAGAGAAUAGAAUGGAAGAGAAAACUACUAUGAAACUGGUAAAUUCUUGUAUAACAUGUAAAUCAACAUUUACAUUACCAUCCCAGAACCAAGGCGACUAUCAUGAAGUUUCGAUCGAAGGAGAAGAAGGAGAACUUGGUGAAAGAUCCAAUCAGCAUGCAGAUGAUAUCAAAUUACUGAGAGAUAAGUUAUCUUCUUUGACUUAUAAUCCAUCAAAGGAUAUACCGGAAACACCAGAAUAUCUUCGACCGAGGUCAGUUUCACCUACAAACGUUCUAAGUCCACCCAUGCAACCUCAUCUAUUCUUUCAUCCUUCUCCCUUGCCGCCUGGUAAUAGUCACGAGAUGGCAGUUAGUGAAUAUAGUGACAAUGACACUGCUACCAUAAUGACGAACAGCGUCAAUAAUACACCGAAUCCAGAUCUCAUUUCAAGUCCAAAAGUCACUCCUACACCAAGUCCCUCCAAGGGAAAACUAGGUGUAAGUAAGAUGCCUAGAAUACCAUCAACGGCGUCAGGAUUAGCAGGAGCAGAUUUCUUCUCUGUCGUCUCGCCCAACCGAUUAUCCACGUCCUGCCCUCCUUCCAAGUCAAAAGAAAUUGGUCCAAGCAAAACACCCAUGAGAUAUACACCCUCGGGACUCAAUCCUACAUCGAGUAAUGCUUCACCCUCCAAAUCAGCUUUAACAUUAAAACGCUCGAUAGCGGUCAAGAACCUUGCUUCUCCCUCGAGACUUUCUCCAAAUCCUAACACAAGCCUCUCACCGAAGAUAUCGAAGAAAUCUAGAGUACAGAAGAAAGAAGCUAAAGCGAGGAAUGAAGUCGAGGAUAUUUUGAAAGCGAGUUGGAGUGACAGAGCGUUGACUUCACCUCCAAUUGGAUCAGUGACAGUGCCCGGAAUGAUGAGUCCUGGAUUGGAAGAGACUAAUGGGAUUGAGCAGAGAUUAGCUUUAUUGAAGGGUGUUGAGAUUUAG